AUGAACACUCAUACAAUUACUUACCCAAAACCUUUAAUUCGCAUUUUGCAACAUUCAAAAUAAGAUUCUUGGAGUGUUUCGUCAACACAAUCUUAUGAAUCUCAUAUGACAGAAAUCGAAAGACCUUAAAAUCCUAUGAUCAAGAAUUUUGUGGACAAUCAAGAUGAUGAUCUAGAGAGCUUCUUUGAUCAACUAGAAUGA